AUGAUUAAAAAAUUAUCAUAUUUCACGUAUGAAUCCCUUCCUGUUUACACCAUGGUGACUUCAUUAGUGCUGGAUGGCAACGUCUUGUAAUUCUUCUUGGUGAAUGUAAUGAGUUUGAAAUGAAUUAGAGCCUACAUUUGCGAUAACAGAUUAAAAUCAUAUGAUGGCUUUUAGCAAGUUUGCAAAAGCGAAAUUCGCCUUGCAAUUGAGAUUGUCAGCAGAAAUCGAUUAAAGCGACGACACACUGAAAAUAAAACGGUGGACCAGUUUCGGUUUGACCUAUGAAGAACUCUCCCAAUUGCUCUAUCCUGACUUGCUGCCUGGACACGAAUUUGCAAUAUGUAAUUCGAUUAACUAAGCAUUUAAAUAGAAUACAAACAAAAACAACUGUUUGGAAAGUUGUACGACAAAUAUUUCAAAUUAGUAUUCAUCGAAAAUGUGGAUCAAGACUAGCAAAUGACUUACAUAAUAAAUGCAGAUCAGCAUGGACAAUUGAGAAAACAAAUAGAAGUAUGAAAACAAUAGCAUUUUAGAAAUCAUUGACUUGGAUAGCUGGGUGGCAUCAUCCAAAAUAAUUUAUAAAAUAAUUAGAAGUAUAAAAGCCAAUAAAUUGAUUUUGUUAUUUUAUUUUAUCGCAAUAUAAAAAGUAUUAU